CAGCAAGCAGACAGAGGGAAGGGUUACAUGGCACUGUUACCGUCCGUUUUCUGUCUUUCGGACCCGGGGUUUCUCACAUUGUUCGAAAAAGGCCCUACACUAGGGACCUUACGCGGUCUUGCAGAACGCUAUCCUAUCACUUCCCCAAUAACGCAGUGCUCUCCGUCUGGCAACUGGCAAACCCGGCUCUCACACUCCACACUGGUUCUUCCCUCCCCCACCCCAUGCUCCAAGGACCGGGCCACAGCCGAACUGCCCUUGACCCUGUCCUCCCGUCCUGCCGACCUGCCCGUCUGUCUUUGUUCUGUUUCUCGCUCCGUCUGUACUUACAGUACAGGGCGUAUCGUACAGACAGCUAUCCACAAUACGUACUCGUACUCUCUGGAGCAGCUGCUUGUCCUGGUUCCCCCCCCCUGGCUGGUGUCGAUGUCAUCCUCGCCCCCCUGCUCGCAUGCCCGGCCUUGUUGUGCGUUAGGGUGGCCCCAUACGAUCUCAACCUGCUCCAGCUUUUAAUAUAACUCCCGUUGAGCCUCUUCCUUGCCUUUCCUCAAAACUUGCUUCCGCCCUUUCACCAAAGCUGCAAAAGCCUCGACUGUCGAUGAGCGGACCGUUUUCCCUCAACCAGCGCCCAAUGUCUCUCGGAGACCACUAGGGAAUUUGCUGACCUUUUUAGCCUGGAUAGCUUGACCUGUUCGCUUCUUGAUAGUAGCGGUUUCGAAUUAAGCUUCCCGCCGUUGCGACUGCGUCGACACUUUGUCUAGCAGCUUUUUUAUUUUUUUAUUUUUUUUUAUUUGGGUACGCCAUCUGUGCGUCAAAACCCAUUGUAUCCAAUCGUCAACUUAAAUCGAGAUUUGGGAAGGCGGUCCUGGCACCUGGGACGCAACCGGCACGCUGUACAAAAGGACUCAUAUCACUCGCCCCCUUUCAUCCAAACCUCCCUGCUUCAUUGCAUCGAUACAUCAUCAUCGUCCCAUUCUGAACUCGGCAGGACUCGAAACAUCACCACUUCUUUGCUUCUGCCGAACUCUCCAACCUCCUGACAUCAUAUCAUCACCGAGACAGCCAAGUUUUCGCCUUCGAUCUUUUUCAGAAAGUUGCUCGCUGUGUGGCAGGCAUCUGAAACAGUUUUGCUCUAUUUGUUCCACAUGGAAUAUAGCCCUUCAGCAUCCUCUUAUCGUGUUCGCGGACAAGAAACCGAAAACUACAACACCAUGUCGAUGAUCGCCAUGGCCCAACCUUCCCCUCACUCUGCGUUCAAGCGUGAGUUUGCUUGGGACGAGCACAGACAAGCCGAUUAUGGCUUCAACUCGAGAAGGCCGAGUGAGCCCGAGAGGGUUGCUCUUCCCUCGAUUCGACAGAUGAUUCCUGAGCUUUCGAUGCAGUCGAGGCCUUCAGACGCCAACACCAGAGUACCAUCCUCGGUAGCAUCACCUGUUGCAGGAUACCCAGCUGGCGCCAUCACUCCCCCUUCCUACACACAUUCACCAAACCAGAACAAGCGCAGGCGGUUGUCGGUCGGGGAAGACAGGGAUGAGCGUGGAAGUCAGAUCCCAAGAGUGUACCCCAGCCCUCAGCGAGAGUAUCAUGGAGGCCGGGGAAUGUCGCCCGCCAUCGCUUCUAGGUCCUUGAACGAGACCUGGGCGAGGAGCCCAUCUCGGAGAAGCCCUUACGCCUCGCACCGAAAUCUCCCAUCCAUGAGGGAGUCAGCACCCAUCGAAUCUUCAGACCGAUACAUGAGUCGGCCUACCCUUCCAAGGCUUCCCACCAUGAACUUUGAUCAGCGCUCGGCGACGAUGCCUCGGAUUCGUGGUCCUUCAAGCGAGGAUGAUUAUCCCGACAACUUCCGUCACAUCAUGGGAGGCCACUCUAGCUCCAAUUCUGGGGAGGGCUACCCCCCUCACCACCGAUCUAGCGCCUACUUUGGCUACCACCAUCCCUCGCGCGUUCAGUCGCUCUCAAUGAGCUCUGUUGGGCCUUUCGACCGCACCCCUUUCUCGGCCGGUGGUUACGGCUCGGGCUACCCAGAGUACAUGCGCGUUGGUGAGCUGGGAGGCAUGGGCAUGAACGGCGAGAACAAGCAGCGCAAGCGUCGCGGGAACUUGCCCAAGGAGACGACAGAUAAGCUUCGUGCCUGGUUCGUCGCUCAUUUGCACCACCCAUACCCGACCGAGGAUGAGAAGCAGGAGCUCAUGCGCCAAACGGGCCUCCAAAUGAAUCAAAUCUCCAACUGGUUCAUCAACGCCCGCCGGCGCCAGCUCCCCGUCAUGCUUAAUAACGCGCGCGCCGAAUCGGAUGCCAUGUCCUCGGCGGGCCGCAACGCCGACGGCAAGCUUCUCACUUCUACCGAGCGCGGCGAAUACGACAUGGGCCUUGGAAAGCGGGACAGCCCCAUGAGCGAUGGAGACGGCAGCGCCUACGAGGACGACCUGGAGAACCUUAAGCGCCGCCACGCCGUCAGCAUGAGUCGGGGCAGCGUUUAACCGAACACAACGUCAACGGUUCGGCUAGCACCCUAGCACCACCGGUCACCUAUUUGCCGCGAAAUUGAGAAUGAUCUCAACGGCUUUUUUUGUUUUCUUUGUUCAACGUCUUUUUCUCUUCGACCUUUUGGACCGGUCUGGACCUUUUGUUUCCGGCCCGCGGUUUACUUCUCAGUUGUAUUUUAUCAAACAACAAGCCCAGGCCUUGCGCUUUUUUUUUCUUUUUUUCUUUUUUUUUCCCCUUUAAGAAGGGAGGCGUUUAACUGCUGGAAAGCAUGAUGGAUUCUGCCUUGCAUUUUUUGUCAUCAGCAUUUUUAUCAUUGUCAUUUUCCGGCGUCUCUGUUUAGGCUUUCGGGGUAUCAAGUCGCAGAAAGGAGUUUGACUCGAGGCUGAGAACUUUUUGGUGUUUUUCCCUCAUUGUUGCUUGUAUUUCUAGAGAGAUACCAAACGUUCUCACACACGUUUUUCUCAAGUUUUGAAGAUGGCGAGGGGAGAAGCAAGAUUUUCUGGAGACUUCUUUUACUACUUUUUGGGGAGAAAAAAAGGGUCUAGAAUAUCUAGAAUACAGGCGUUAUUACACGCUUCCAAAGGGGUUUUAUAUAUAGGGUAGAAAGAAGGAG